AUGAAGCAGCGCUUCUCCAGCCUAGACGUCAAGGUUAUAGCGCAUGAGCUCUCCGCAAAACUUAGCUCGCUUCGCGUUACCAACGUCUACGACCUUUCUUCUAGAAUCUUUCUCAUCAAGUUCCACAAGCCCGACCACCGCGAGCAGUUGCUCAUUGACUCUGGCUUCCGCUGCCACCUUACCGAGUAUGCACGCACUACCGCCGCUGCACCGUCGACCUUCGUCGCCAAAUUGCGCAAAUACUUGAAGACGCGCAGAGUAACCUCCGUCUCCCAAAUCGGCACCGAUCGCAUACUCGAGCUCCAAUUCUCCGAUGGCCUAUACAGACUAUACUUGGAGUUCUACGCUGGCGGCAACAUUGUCCUGACCGAUGCUGAAUUGAACGUACUAGGUUUGCUGCGCAACGUAGACGAGGGCGAGGAACACGAAAAGCUCAGGGUUGGGCUACAGUAUAAUCUCUCGCUACGUCAGAACUACGGUGGCGCGCCUGAACUCACCAAAGAGCGGGUUCGUCAAGCUCUCCAGAAAGCCGUCGACAGGCAGCAAGAGCAGCCAGCCGCAACAGCGAAGAAGGCAAAGAAGGCAGGCAAAGAUGCAUUAAGGAAGGCGCUCGCCGUCUCUAUCACAGAAUGUCCUCCGUUACUGGUCGAUCAUGCUCUACAUGCCGCAAACUUCGACUCCACACAGAAGCCGGAGCAGGUGCUUGCUGACAAUGAGCUACUCGACAGGCUAGUGGUGGUCCUGCGAGAUGCUAGAAAGAUCACAGACGACAUCACAAAGCCGGACCAGAUCAAAGGCUAUAUCCUAGCGAAGCCUAACCCAUCUGCACCAAAAGCAGAUGCAGACGCUUCUGACAAGUCUAAAGUUCUUUACGACGACUUUCAUCCCUUCCGGCCACAGCAAUUUGAGGGCUCAGACUACACGUUCCUGGAGUUUGAUGGAUUCAACAAGGCUGUGGAUGAAUUCUUCUCUUCUAUUGAGGGACAGAAGCUGGAAUCCAGACUGACAGAACGCGAACAACAAGCCAAAAAGAAGCUGGAGAAGGCACGUAAGGAGCAUGAAGACCGGAUUGGUGGGCUGCAACAAGUCCAAGCGUUGAACUUCCGAAAGGCAGAAACGAUCCUCGCAAACGUGCAUCGUGUUACCGAAGCCACCGAGGCUGUCAAUGGGCUAAUCAGACAAGGUAUGGACUGGGUCGACAUCGCGCGUUUGAUCGAGCGGGAGCAAGGUCAAGGAAAUGCAGUUGCGCAGCUGAUCCGAUUGCCGCUGAAGCUACAUGAGAACACCAUCACGUUACUACUCGACGAGACGAACUGGGAUCAAGGACAAGAGGAGGAUGAUGAGGGCAAUGAGACGAGCUCAGUCAGUGAAGACUCUUCAGACGAAGACGAAAGCCCUAAGAAGAAGGCUGCCCCUGUCAAGGUGGCUGCUCAACCACAGCUAGCGAUUGACAUUGACCUUGGACUUUCUGCCUGGGCCAACUCGACGGAAUACUUUGAUGAAAAGAAGACAGCCGCUAACAAGGAAGAGCGUACCCUUCAGGCAUCAACUAAAGCACUAAAGAGUCAUGAGAAGAAGGUAACGGAAGGUCUCAAGAAAGGACUAAAGCAAGAGAAGGACGUGUUACGACCCGUACGAAAACAGCAGUGGUUCGAGAAGUAUAUCUACUUCGUCUCGUCAGAUGGACAUCUUGUCCUCGGUGGCAAAGACGCUCAACAAAACGAGAUUAUCUAUCGAAGAUACCUUCGAAAAGGAGAUGUUUAUGUGCACGCCGACCUGAAAGGAGCCGCCCCCAUGAUCAUCAAGAACAAGCCCAACACUCCAGAUGCCCCAAUACCGCCAUCAACGUUAUCACAAGCGGGCCAUUUCUCCGUCUGCACUUCUGAAGCAUGGGACUCAAAGGCUGUCAUGUCAGCAUGGUGGGUACGCAGUGACCAGGUCAGCAAGACGGGCCAGACUGGCGAGUUUCUUCCCGCUGGCAUGUUCAACAUCAAGGGAAGGAAGGAGUUCUUGCCGCCCGCUCAAUUGGUUGUUGGCCUUGCAGUUAUGUUCGAGAUCAGCGAGCAAAGUAAGGCCAAUCACCACAAGCAUCGCAUCCAAGAAACCGCAGUUUCUGCUGCAGAUAUGGCGCCCGAGCCGACUGAUGAAGUGGCGGUCGUAGAGGCUGCCAAAUCUCAGAAUAGCGAUGAUGAGGAUGAUUUCCCAGAUGCGAAGAUCGACUCGGACUCAGACGAGGAUUUCCCGGAUGCGAAAAUGAAUCACACAGAUGAAAGCGAUGCCGAGUCAGAAGCUGCAGCUCCCAGAAGCAACCCCCUUCAAUCGAGAAAUACAGACACGCAGGAAGACUCUGACGCUGAAGACGAUAACUAUCCUGCAAACGAAGACUCGGAGUUUGUUAUGUCUGGAGGUAAGAGCGGAGUAACCCAAAACGAUGAUGUACAGGAUGCAGGUUCAGUGGCAGACACCGAACAGAGCCAAGGGGCCCUGAGCCGCCGCCACCUGUCAGCGAAAGAACGUCGACUACUGAAGAAAGGACAACUCCCCGGAUCAACUUCACCCUCGCUCGAGUCAGCAUCCAGGGCCAAAGAUGCAACUGGAGAAGAGAGCGCCUCCGCCGAUGAAGACGCUGUAGCAGCUGUAAAAGCUGCAGGAACAGUAACCACGCAAGCUUCGAAAGCGACAAAUGGUCCUCUACCUCGCGGCAAGCGCGGAAAGGCAAAAAAGCUAGCCUCCAAGUAUGCGGCUCAAGAUGAGGAAGAUCGCGCGCUAGCCAUGCGUCUCCUGGGCUCCAAGUCCGGUCAACAGGCCGCCGAAGUCGCAGCCCAAGAAAAGCGCCAAAAGGAGGAACAAGCACAGGCAGACAAACAGCGCCGCCGCGAUCAGCACCUUCGCGCUCAAGCCGCAGGCAAGGCAGCUGAGGAAGCGCGACGUGCCGCUCUCGAGAAUGCCGCCCAAGAAGACGACGAUGAAGGCGAUGAGGCCCUCAAGGUUAAUCUCCAAAACCUAGAUGCAUUUACCGGCAGGCCUCUACCAGGCGAUGACCUCCUUACCGCAAUACCUAUCUGUGCACCUUGGUCCGCUCUCAGCGCGUAUAAAUACAAAGCUAAAAUUCAGCCCGGAUCCACCAAGCGCGGGAAAGCCGUCAAAGAAGUACUCGCCAUCUGGGACCACGCGGGCAAGGAUACAAAAGCGACAGAUCAAAGCAGUCAAGACGUGGAGAGGAUUUGGCCCAGAGAGGUUGAGCUGAUACGGGCAUGGAAAGAAACCGAGGUGGUGGGCGUUGUCCCCGUGUCUAAAGUAAGGGUAAUGAUAGCGGGCGGACGGCGUGGUGCGGAUAUUGCAAAGGGCAAGAAGAAAAGUGCAAGAGGCGGGAGAGGUUCGAAGAAGAAAUGA